UCCCCUCUCUCCUGACCUGCAUGCAACACGUUUCAUGGGGUAGCGGCAGAUGAGCUCCUGCUAUUUUCAUUCACUUUCACAGUGCCCAGAGCGUGUAUCUUGUGCUCCUGCCUGGGCCUUUUGCUAAACCUGGAGGGGAAGGAAGUAUUCACAAGCCAGGGAAAGUGAAAAAAAAAGGCUGGAGCUUUGCUGCCUCUCUUCCUCCCAAGCUUGGAGGCUUUGGGAGGGGCUGGGCAACUCUCUGACAAGAUCUGCUUUCCCGCUGACUGCAGAAAUAUGCUUGCUCUGGCGCGGAAAAAAAUGGACAACAUGCAACAUCUGAGAGAUGAACUGGCAAGCCUGGCUGCAGAGAUCAACACUGUGAAGAAGGAAGCUCAGCAACUGAGAGAAGGGAUGUCUGCAAUCACACAGAUGUCUGGCUGGGCUGUGAAAAGCACAAGUACGGAUGACCCCAGGAAGGCAGGGCUGUCAUCGCACUGAGCUCCUGCUUAGCGCUCCCAAAAGGAGGCUGUGUGGCAGCCUCGGUUCUCUGAGGCACAGGGACACGGAACAAAACCACGGGAUGCAAGAGCGUGACUGUGACCGAGCAGGUCUCCUGGGGUUUGCUGUCUCCCAGCACUCACAGACCUCCUGUUGUGUGUCUGAGAGAGAAAUGCUGUCGCCGGGCAUGGGGAUUACCUUGUUUUCCUGGGGCACCCACAAAGGGGCUGCCAUCAACCUGCAGAGAUCAUCCAGCAGCUCUGCAUGGCUCUGCAGGAUGUUUUGGUUCCUGUGUAUUCCACCCAUUCUGGAUACCUUUGUGCAGCCUGAUUCUUCCCCGGGAUACUGCUGGCCUUUCCAAGGGUCUGAGAGUGAGGUGCUAAUCCAGUUGCCUGCAAAAGUACGACCAACGGCCAUCACCGUACAGCACACCUUAAAGACAGACUCUCCGCUGAGGACUAUCAGCAGUGCCCCGCGAAAUUUCAUAGUCUAUGGACUGAAUGAAGGAGGCAAAGAUGAAACUCCGCUUGGGACAUUCACCUACACUGCACAGGAAGAGGUUAUCCAGACCUUCCCUUUGCAGGAUGAGAUGAGAGACUUCCAUUUCUUGAAGCUUGUCGUACAGAGCAACUGGGGAAAACCAGGCUACACCUGUAUUUAUCGAGUGCAGGUGCACGGGAAGGUGGAUGGAACCAGUGCCAUCAGCCAGAUUUCAGAUGUGAGGAACUCACUUCAGUAAGAAUUAAAGAGGAAAAUGGAGAAAGGAGGAGAGUGAUUGGCCGUUAGUCUGGGGCACAGCAAUGUCAGUGGCCUUCUCACAGCUGCCAACCACUGCCUUUCGCAGGCCAAGGCCUUCCUCAAGCUUUUCACUUUCUCUCCACCACAGGAAUGUUUCUUAAGUGACCAAAAGGAGACAACAUUCCCAUUGCCUUUUCUUGCCUAGUUCCUUGACAAAAUCUUUUGUGGGUCAUGAUCAUCAAAGCACGGGCCCAUUCCAUUCACACAGCACCUUGACUCUGGGGACGGGGUCCAGUGGGGCCCCGCACAGGGUGCAGCCAAGUCUGCAUGAGGUG